AUGAGUUCUUCUGAUAGCUCGGUUUCAAAUGAUGAUGAAAAUAUGGAUAUUGAUCAAGAAGCUCAAGCAAUAACUCAAGAAUUAGUUGCCAAAAAAUCAACACCGGCAUAUCAUCUUUGCUAUCAAAAUUUUUUAAAAUGGAAAACACAAAAAAACAUAAACGACAUAUCAGAAAACGUGUUGCUCGUUUAUUUCAGUGAAUUAUCGAAAACGUUAAAACCAUCUACGCUGUGGAGUAGAUGGUCAAUGUUAAAAACCGAGUUUAACCUCAAUCAUUCGAUUGACAUUAAUAAAUUCCACAGACUAAAAACUUUCAUGAAAAAUAACAACAAAGGGUUUCGUCCAAAAAAAUCUCAGGUUUUUUCACUAUCUCAGAUCAAAAAAUUUCUCGUUGACGCUUCCGACGAUAUUUAUUUGGCUAUGAAGGUGAUACUCAUUUUUGGAUUUUGCGGGGCAUUAAGAUCGGGUGAAUAUUGUUCAAUCAAAACUCAAGAUGUUGAAGACACUGGAACUCAAUUCAUUGUUACGAUUCGAGACACAAAAAAUUAUUAUCCUCGUUCGUUCGUCAUCAUGAAUGAAUACAGCGAUAAAGUUCGUCAAUACGUAGCUUUACGACCAGAAAACUCGAACACUGACAGAUUUUUUAUACUGUACGACAAAGGGGCAUGCAAACGGCAAUCAAUUGGUAAAAAUACAAUAACAGAAAUACCAAAAAAAAUUGCUGAGUUUUUAAAAUUGCCAAAUGCCUCAAGCUACACCGGACAUAGCUUCAGACGUACCUCAGCAACGCUACUUGCAAAUGCUGGCGCAAAUCUCACAACUCUUAAACAGCAUGGUGGUUGGAGAUCAAGUUCCGUUGCUGAAGGGUACAUUGAAAACUCGUUAUAUAACAAAACAAAAAUAUUCAAUCAUAUUGUAAAUUCAGAAAAUACAUUAUUUACAAUCCAGAAUCAUUCCAUGGACACGACAACAGAAACUUCAAAGCAAGAUGAAUCGAGACCUUCAACUUCAACUUCUUCUCAACCUCCUGAACCGCUAGCUACGACGAAGCAUUCGUGCAAAGAAAAUAUUGCACCGCAAAACAAACACGAAUCACAUCAAUCAUUAACGAACUAUCAAAAUGAACUACGAGCUGUAAAUGACAUCAUAUAG